CCGGAACCUUGGUGCUUCCGGACCAUGGGGCUUGCACUCCAUUUCCCAGGGGGUCUCGCGCGCAACCGGAAGUUCAGAGAGCCUAUAAGAGCGCCCUCGAGGCGUGUGGGCAGCUCUUUUUGCAGAAGGCGCCUUCUGUGGAUGUCGUACGCUAGCUCCAGGACCUGGGGCGGUGGCGCUGCGGCUCCCAGCGGCGAAAGGCGGGCCUUGGGGUCCCCGGCCGGUGGCGUCCCGCUCUGGCUAGGGGUGAGAAGGAGCCGGACCAGGAUGUGCAAACAGGUGCACGGGCGCAAAGUGCGCUGCUCCAGCUGUGAGGAGCAAGCCCAGGCCUGAAGGAGCACCGAUGGUGAUGGCUUCCAGGGGCUUCUACCUGGCCUGCCUGCUACUGGGUGCCCUGGGCUUCCUCUGUGUCCUCUGCACUACCUACUGGGCUCAGCACUGGCGUGGUGGCUUUGCCUGGGAUGGCGGCCAGUACAUGUUCAACUGGCACCCAGUGCUCAUGGUGUCGGGCAUGGUGGUGCUCUAUGGAGCCGCAUCUCUGGUGUACCGCCUGCCACAGGCACGGCUGGGGCCUCGGCUGCCCUGGAAGGCCCUGCAUGCGGCCCUGCACCUGGGGGCCUUCGUCCUCACUGUGGUGGGGCUGGUCGCUGUCUUCCGGUAUCACAGCCGCGCCAGGAUCACCCACCUCUACUCCCUGCACAGCUGGCUGGGCCUGGCUGCCACAAUCCUCUUUGCCUGCCAGUGGUUCCUGGGCUUUGCCGUUUUCCUGCUGCCCUGGGCAUCACUGUGGCUGCGCGGCCUCCUGAAGCCGCUCCAUAUCUUCUUCGGAGCCGCCAUCCUGUCUCUGUCGAUGGCGUCCGUCAUCUCUGGCAUCAAUGAGAAGCUGUUCUUCAGCCUGAAGAAUGCCACCAUGCCAUACCAGAGCCUGCCCAGUGAGGCCAUCUUUGCCAACAGCACAGGGCUGCUGGUGGUGGCCUUUGGGAUACUGGUCCUCUAUGUCCUCCUGGCUUCAUCGUGGAAGUGCCCUGAGCCAGGUGUUUUGGCCGACAGACAGCCCCUGUUGUGCGACAGGGAGUGAUGUGGGCAGGGGCUCCUGGAAGUCGCCGCUGUCUGCGCCCCACGGAAGAGCCAUCCACCUGAACCUGCCUGAGGUCGGCCUCCCUCCAGACAGCUGCUGUUUCCGCUUCUCUUGUCAUUGGCGUCUCAGCAGGGACUCCUUGGUCUCUGUCUGGGCAGGACCCUCAUGCCCUGGCCGCUGCUGCGUGCGGCCUUCUCUGUGCAGAUUGGGCAGUUCCACAGGAAGUGGGUCUUGGGAUUUGGCAGAGUCCAGCCAGUGUAGAGGCUUGGACUUUGGUGCAGCCCCAAGCACUGCCAUUUCCCGGAUGUUGGCCCUGCGUGUGGCACCACAGCAUCGUGUGACUGUGGGUGUGGGGCUCUUCCUCUCCCAGCUGCUGCUCCAGCCAGGGUGUGGAUGCCACCCUUCCUGGGGCUCUCAUGCCCAUCACCGCAGUCCUGGGAGCCUGGUGACGGUCCUGCCAAGUCCCAGGAGGGUGAGAGCCUCCCUUGCUCCCCCUGCUGGCCAUGGACAUCCUGUCCACCCUCUGCCAGUGUGGCUCAGCGGAAACCAAGGUGACCGAGUGGGGCACUGUGCCCAGUGACACUCGAGGUCUCCCUGCUCACUGCAGGCCCCUCCCCACAUGCUGGCUCUGCCCUGGGAACAGCUGUGCGGGCCCAUGCCCAGGCAGGGAGGCACCGGCUGCCUGUCCCGAGCAUGGGCAUCUCCCUGGCUCACAGAGCUCGCCUUCCAUUAAACCCGUUUUAGAACUGAUGCUGCACUGUCCAUUUA